CAGUUGAAUUCAGAUAGUGAGCUUCAAAAAAGGCAAGGUAGCAGUCAUAGCUAUAAGAACUUUAGCUAACAAGGCGAUUAUUUAUUGCAAAGUCCAUAAUAUUAUCCAUCAAAUGUUGUUAUUUUUACAUUAAAAUCAGUAACCCAGAUUCUGGUCAGCAUUUAUCGCCAGCUCCACCACAUCGCAAGCUUCUGGUGUUUUGACAGUAGUGGAAAGUUAGUCCUACCACUGUGUUCGAUAACAUAUUUGGCAAUAAUUUUUCGACGAUGGCCAUCAACACCAGCCAGCUGCUGGAUGCUGUGGGAACACUGACGGAUAAGCAGUCGAUGCGUGUAACGUUAAAAGGAAGCACGAAAGGAGCAAUAGUAGCAGGGUCCGGCACAUUUCUCGGUGGUAUGCUAGCGGGACCGAUCGGAUUGCUCAUUGGUGGUACGCUCGGAGGGCUUGCUGCAUAUGCGAUGAGCAACGACUUCAAACCUGUCAGUCAUAUCAUAAAGCAUGAACUGACCGUGCAAGAGCAGGAACGGCUUAAGGAACGCAUCCUCGGUGCUCUCGCCGAAUUUGGUACCAGAGAUCUGGUUGUUAUUUUGCCAUUGUUGAUGGGUAACGCGAGUGCCCAGCAAGCCGUCCUUUCGACCGUCAUUUCAUUUCUCACGAAAGAUAUGCGCAUGCAGAUCAUUGACUGAUUGGAAUGACUGGGAUUGUUAAAAAAUAUAAUAACAUAUCACUUUGGUUACACUAGUCUUACUGCGCUUAAACUUAAUUGUGCUUGAUGGUUGGUUUUGCUGGCUAGUUGCUGCUGCUUAGUAGCUUGCUGCAAGCUAGCAAAGCUGGCGAGCAAGUUGCUAGACGCUAUAAACUGCGAGUGUCCUUUGCCUAUUAGGCCCGACCUUCAUAGCCAGUCCACCACAUCGGCUGUCGUUCAUUGCGGAGCACUUUCCUUGCUGAAACCACGUCUUCUUGUGCGUCUUCGAGAGCCUGGAUGCCAUCGGACAAUCUCGUCUGGUCAAGCCCCAAAAACCAAACCGCGCUCGUCUGGUCCAGUGGGUCCAAAGUCCAAAAACCCCGCAGUAAAACCACAAUGUUACAGUAUGCUACAGAUAUUGACAUUGUCUCUGUUGCUAAAGACCGCUUGGCGGUUGUAAUUGGCGCCGGAUAAGAAGAAUAAAAUCUUACGGCAGAAGGUCAAAGAAGAAAAGAACAAUAACACGAAACGCAUUUGUAACGAUCAUGUUCGUUUUGGACAGAAUAUCUUGAUUUCUCAAAGAGCGUACUUUCAAGAGUCCAAUGUUUACAUGCUUAGGAUACAGCUGAUGUUACCAAUAUUAUUGCAUGGUGUGUUGCCCACUCUCUGUCAUUUACUGUAGCCAAUAGAGCGUUAGUUGGAAAAACGCGAUCAUAUAUGUAGGUUAAAUUCUACUCCGUUUUCUUCCUGCUUGUUCGUUGCUCAGGUGUAAUUGAUUCAUUAUUUUAUAUUUCAUUCAAUCAAUAUUUGUGUAUGUCCAUCUCUUAUUGUAUAUUAAUUUAAAAAAGCCUUUCAUUUUCUUCGAAACAACGG